GGAACACAUUGGUGCGAUACCGGAAGUACGCCAUGUAAAACUAGUCAACAGUUUGCUGAGGUAGAGUUGACAACAAAGUCGUUUUAAAGUCGACAACAUCAAAAUGGGGACUACAGCAAGUCAACUUGGGAAGGAUUUACUUUCGGAAUACCAAGAACUGACGUUUUUGACAAAACAAGAAAUUCUUCUCGCACACAAAAGAUUCACUGAACUGCUCACGAAAGAAGAGAAGGAUCUUCCAAAUACCAGAGUACCAAUGGACAGGAUUCUGACUCUGCCAGAGCUCAAGUCCAACCCUUUCAGGAAACGAAUCUGCCAUGUAUUCUCCACAUCUGAGCAGAAAGAUGGAAGCCUCACAUUUGAGGACUUCCUGGACCUUUUGAGUGCCUUUAGUGACUCUGCAACCCUGGAAAUCAAAUCCCACUAUGCAUUCCGUAUAUUUGACUUUGACGAUGAUGGAACUCUUGAUUGUGGGGAUUUGGAGAAGCUGGUCAACUGCUUGACUGGUGAGACUGAUGAAACAAGACUGACUACUGAGGAAAUGAGGCAGCUCAUUGGCAAUAUUCUCGAAGAAUCAGACAUUGACAAAGAUGGAACUGUUAACCUCUCAGAGUUUCAGCAUGUCAUCUCCAGAUCACCCGAUUUUGUCAGUUCUUUUAAGAUUGUGCUGUGAAGACCUAACAGGAUGUGGAGACCCACCACUUUUUAAAUCUUAUGGUGUUUAAUUGCAAGUAGAACAAUUUUAGAUGUUUGCCUUAAAUUAUAUUUACAUUUACUGCCUCACCGUUUUUAUGUACUGUUUGUGAAAUAUAUGAACUGUUAUUUUUUAAUUUCUUAAAAGACAAUUAAAAUGCAUCUAAAACUA